GGCCCAAAACCCCUUCCCUCCAAAGUAAAAUCCCCCAGCCUUUACGCCCUGUUCUCUCUCUCUUCAUGAUUAGCCCUACCAGUACUACUAUUAUAUUCAAUCAUUCAGUUUCAAGGAAAGGAAUCAAAGCAAAAUGGCGAACGUAGAGGAAGCUGUAGAUUUUGAGCCAGAGGAAGAUGAUCUAAUGGACGAAGACGUUGAAGGUUCAUCACCUAGGGCACCAAUUCCAAAGCUCAAAUCAGCCAUUACUACUGCCGGCGGCGGCGGUUCUUCUGGUUCUAAGAAAAUCAAAGGGCGUGGUUUCCGUGAAGAGACUGCUGAAGCUGAACGUAAUGCUCGCCUUUCUGCCAGAUUUGAUUCUCUCAUGACCGAAGGUGGACCUGGACCUGAACGAUCCAUUGAAGGAUGGAUUAUUUUAGUCACUGGAGUUAAUGAGGAGGCACAAGAAGAUCAUCUUCAUGAUACAUUUGGUGAGUUCGGGGAGAUCAAGAAUUUACAUUUGAAUCUGGACCGUCGUUCUGGAUUUGUCAAGGGUUAUGCGCUUAUUGAAUAUGAAAACUUUGAAGAAGCAGAAAGAGCUAUCAAUGAAAUGGAUGGGAAUGAGCUGCUCACUCAGACUAUACAUGUGGACUGGGCAUUCAGCAAAGGUCCUUUUAGAAGGAGAAAUGCUGGGAGGAGGUCAAGUCAUCGUUCUAGAAGUCCUAACAGGAGGCGAUUCUAAUUCUACACACACCUUUUUGCAAGGAUUGUGUUACUGGCUUCUAGAGAUCAGGCUCUACGAAUCCCUGGUCUAGGCUGUAAUUCCAUGUGUACCCUUGUUGCUUUGCUCAGCUUUUUCAUAUAUUUCUUUAAUUUUCAACUCCCAUACUCAGCUGUAAGUUAACUCUUCUCGAGCUUGUCCAGUGGUGUGCACUUCCUCUGGCCUUUGUGAAAAUUUAGGUUGUUUUUUGAGAAUAUUCAGAACUUUCCUGUUAUCAUCUGAAUUGGAUAUGGUUAUCUAGGAGGCACUGUGAAUUGAUUGCCAUGCAACAUUUGUGGACAAUUUGAUGUGAUUCUCUGGAAAAUGCAUCAGUAGUGUGUACUAACGAAAAGUGGCUUCAAUA